UUCAUUCUGUCACCAUUCUUUUUUAUUGUCGUUACUUUUGUUUGAUCUUUAAGUUUAAUUGUUAUGAUGGAAGGGGGAGGGUAUAGUUCUGAUGAGGAUUUCGUGGUCACGAGACCACCCGUUUUUGCAAAGAGAGAGGAGGAAGAACAAAUCGCGGGUCCUUCCGCUAAAAAACGUGCCAAGAAAGAGAAAACCAAACCCACUUUGCCACCUGCUUCGAAAUUGCUAGUCGUGGAGAAAAAGAAGCAUCCUCUCGCCCUCCUUGGGAAACUCAACCCUCCUGCGACGAAAGAUGAGGAUAAGAGGAAGGUCAACACGGAAACUAGUUCAGUUCGUGAUGACCAGGCCUUCGAACCACCGACGUGGUAUUACUUCCCAAAGGAGGAGACGCAGAUACUGGAGAAGCGAUAUCCGAGAGACGGACGGGGGGUCAUUUUUCGAGGAGUGGAUUUGGCCGAAGAAUUUAAAGUGCGAUACAUAGGCUCGUGUUUCUGGGACGGUAAAAAAAAUCAAGAUGAAGGAGUCGAGUUGAUCAGAAAAACCAUUCUAGAUUUGGUUGGAACCAACUCCCUCUUUUCUCCCCACAACAUUUAUGAGGACUCCCCUGAACUGAUUUUGACACAAGAGGAAGGAUUAUCUGAUGAGCAGAGGGAACAACUUUUUACGGCGAUUUUCGCCAAAGGUGGGAGAGUGCCCAUUAUUGAUAAGCCGGGUUGGAGUCUGGUCAUUCACAAGGCACCCAAAAGCGGAAUUGUUCAUCUUUGUGUCGAGAAGCCAGAAAUGGCUAAAGGAGAACCAGUUUAUAGAGCUAAUCGAUUAUGCACAGAAAAAGUUUCAAGUGACUGACGAGUUUUGACCGAAAGGCAGAGUCGCAUUCGAGAAGAACGCUGUCCUCGUCGGAGGGCGACUUGUAAACGAUGGCGUCGAAGAGGACUCGACCCUGGUGGUUGAGAAGGAGGGUGU